AUGUCACUUGCCCCACGAUGGAAGAACCGCCGGAUCGAUAUGCUCGUACGAUAUCACGGAGUAUCUUACUUGGAAGAGACAAGCCGUGCAUUCCGGCCAAUCAGCUACCCUGCUCUCAUCUUGCCGCUGCAACCUCAUAAGCGAGCCAGGGCUAGAACGGGUAUCAAUCGGCGGGACACGGCCUCGCUACUCAAGGGGAGCCAGCCUGGCGGUGCGUACGAGUGCUCACGCGCGCCAGCCGGCACGCAGGGCAGUCGGCGAAAUGGAGACUGGGCGAAUCCGCCCCCGAAUCGCACAAUCGAACGAACCGGCAGCGGAAACCCGCCCGGCCGCUGGACAGAGGGAAAUCACGCGAUAAUAGCUGCUGCUGAACGAGAACAGACGUGCGAACACAGCACUAAGAACCUGGCGUCUUCGCUUGUCGCUUCUCUGGCCGGCUACCUUGCAACAGGGGUCCGGUCUGCGUCAUUCGCCUCCGAGGGACGUCUGGCUCAGGUGGUCUCAUCCCUGUCGGCCGGCGAGGCCACGGCUGCACUGAAGGAUAUUCGCAAGGUUAUUUGUUAG